AUGGCCUACGCGCGCCCGGGCAUCGCCCGCCGGUUCUCCGAGUUCCGACGUUUCUUGGUCCGACCCCGGAGCGGAUUCCUGCCUCGAGGAUGGCGCUUCGCGUAUGAAAUAUCACUGACCUCGAAAGAAAUGAAAUGGAUACUCAACGACGUGCCCCACGAAGGGCCUGCCUGA